AUGGCGCGCGGAUCGCUGGUCAAGUGUUUCACCGGUCUCUUGACGUUGCAAAGUGCCUUGGGUACUCCUGUCAAGAGUGGGGAAUCAUGGUCGUCAGACUACCCUUCCAAGCCCAUUCUGAAGGAGGGGGAGUUGGGUGCUGUCGCCUCGGAGAGUGAUAUCUGCAGUCAUAUCGGUAUUGAGUUACUGAAGUUGGGUGGAAAUGCUGCAGAUGCCAUGGUCGGUACUGUAGCAUGUGUAGGCGUUGUCGGCAUGUACCAUUCUGGUAUCGGCGGAGGAGGUUUCAUGCUUGUACGCGCACCAAACGGCACAUAUGAGUUCAUCGACUUCCGCGAGACAGCACCAGCCGCUGCAUUUGAAGACAUGUACAAGAACAAUGAGGACGCCAGCAUCAAUGGCGGUCUCGCUUCUGGAGUUCCAGGUGAAUUGCGUGGGCUUCAACAUCUUCACGAAAAUUACGGUGUCUUGCCAUGGGCCACUGUGCUCACCCCAGCUGUAAAGGUGGCCAGAAAUGGCUGGCGAGUGAACGAAGAUCUGGUCAAGUACAUGGCCUCUGCCACCUCAUCGUCCAACUUCUUGGUCGACGACGUCGAGUUUGCCCUUGAUUUUGCGCCGAAAGGACGUCUGCUCAAGCUCAAUGAGACCAUUACGCGAAAACGUUAUGCCGACACACUCGAGACCAUUGCAAACGACGGUCCAGAUGCAUUCUACAGUGGUCCUAUUGCAGAAGCCACUAUCCGGGCACUCCAAGCUGCCAACGGAACUAUGACCCUCGAUGACCUCUCCAAUUACACUGUGGCCAUUCGCAAGCCAUCUACCAUAAACUACCGCGACUACAAGCUCACAGCCUGUAGCGCACCCUCAGGAGGAGAAGUCGCCCUCGCCACACUUAAGAUUAUGGAAGGCUAUUCCGAAGUCGGCAACCCAGAAAACAUCAACCUAACUACCCACCGCCUUGACGAAAGUAUGAGAUUCGCCUACGGCAUGCGCGCUGAACUAGGCGACCCUCUGUUCCUCGACGGAAUAGACGCAUAUCAAGAGCAAAUGCUCUCUGAAGCUACAGCUAAAGAGAUCCGCUCCAAGAUUUCCGACUCAAAGACUUUCGACGUGGCCUACUACGACCCCGCUGGUCUCGAAUCCCUCGAAACACCCGGAACUAGCCAUAUUGUAACUGCAGACAAGAGCGGCAUGGCCGUCACACUAACGACAACCGUGAACCUACUCUUUGGAAGCAAGCUUGUCGUCCCAGAAACUGGUGUCAUCAUGAACAAUGAGAUGAACGACUUCAGUAUCCCAAACACGACAAAUGCUUUUGGAUACAUUCCGUCGCCUGCGAACUUCAUUCGCCCUGGAAAACGCCCUCUUUCAUCCAUCUCCCCUGUAAUCGUUGAACAUCUAAACUCGUCAUCCAUCGCGAGCGCUUUUUACGUCGCUAUUGGUGCUGCGGGUGGCAGUCGUAUCAUCACAGCUACCAUCCAGAACCUGAUCCAUAUCUUGGAUGGAAAGCUGACAACGGCAGAGGCGCUAGCUGAACCAAGAAUUCAUGAUCAGUUGGUGCCUGCCCAAGUGAGCUUUGAGUAUGGAUUCAACAAUGGAACCACGGCUUUCUUGAAGGAGCUGGGAAGUAAUGUUACCUGGGUCGCGCCUGGUUCAAGUACAGCACAGGGUUUGAGACGCUUGACAAAUGGAACGUUCGAAGCUGCUGGUGAGCCUAGACAGAAGAAUAGCGGUGGAUUUGCUGUUUAG